GGGGGAAAGGGCCCCACGCCCAAACUCUCUGUACCCAUUCCCCUCGCCCCCAUCGCUCCUCGGUCGCACCCCCCGCCGCGCCGCCGCCGUCCGCCGCCCUCACCCCCUCUCGCCCCAGCGCGGAGCCCCCCUACCAUGCGACGGCGCCCCGCUCCUCCGCCCGGCUGAGAGGCACGCCUGCUUGCUCCGGUCACCAGAUCUGUAGGCCUCAGCGAUGGCGUCGCCGGGGCCGUCCUCCCCUCUGGCCAGCCGAUCCAUGCGCCAAAGAACCCCCGCCGCCUCCAACCCCGGCGCGCUGCCCCCGGACGUGCUGUUCGACGUCCUGCUGCGGCUCCCGGCGAAGGAGCUCUGCCGCCUCCGCGCCGUCUGCCGCUCCUGGCGCUCCCUCACCGUCGACCCGCUCUUCACCGGCGCGCACGCGGCGCGGCAUCCGGGCCCUUCGCUCCUGGCCAAGUUCCGGGACGACGAGGCGAGCAUCCACGUUGUGGAUCUGUCCGGCACCGUGGUCAAGCGGAUCGCCGGCCCAGACGGGCACGAGCUGCUCUGCACGCGCCUCGACCUGGCCUGCGUGGCUACGAAGGGUAACAGCUGCCGCGUGCUCAAUCCGGCGACGGGAGCUGCUUAUGCUUUGCCCGAGAGCCCCGCGCUGGAGCAUGCGAACUGUGAGAACCUGCGCGACCCGUACACCUUCUUCGCGUCCGGGCGGGUCGCGUCGACGGGAGAGUGCAAAGUGCUCCGUGUGUUCAACCGCACCGAGUUCGAUGCAUUUGAUCAGCAGCAGCUCUUUGAGGUGUUUACCAUCAACGGCGGUGCCAGCAAUGCACGGUGGAGGGCAAGGGAGAGCCAUUAUCCCUUUGUCGAAGCGAACAAUGCCGCUGUUGCUGGUGGGGUGGUGUACUUCUUGACAGACUGUGCCUAUGAUCUUAUGCUGUUUUUCGGUGUGAACACUGGCAUUCACCCGGACUGUAUUGCUUCGUUUGACCUUGUGACAGAGGAAUGGAGGAGAGAUAUCCAAGGGCCAAUAAGCAGCAGCCUUUCAAUGGACAAUGCUGAUGCUACAGAGGAGUACCGCUCUAUUUGGCAUAAAAUUACUUUAACUGAGCUGAAAGGCUCUCUUGUUCUAGCUUACCACCGUCGCAACCUGUCCUUGGAUCUCUGGUUUCUGUCAGACUUUGAGAAUGGUCUCUGGUUGAAAGAGUACAGCAUCCAAACUGAAUCUGCUAUCCCUGCUGAUGAGUACUUUGUAAAACCAUUGUUGGUGUCGGAUGGUGGGAGGUUGGUCAUCCUUCUAGCAUCGACAGGGAUUCUGCUUAUUUAUGAUCCAAGAACCAACACAUUUGCAGAGGUUGAGAUGAGGCGUCUUGAUGCAGUUGGUAUAUACACAGGAAAUCUGUUGAGUUUACAAUGUGGUGACAUGGUGUAGUACUGUAAUUUCUUGCUAGUUGCUACCCAAUAUAGCUUGUGAACAAUAUGAAUCAAUUACCACCCCCGCUUCACUUGUUAAAGUGAGGUUUGUAUGAAGUUGUUAAUGUUGUCCUGGAAUCUUGUCUCGUAUUGUACCCAGUCCUUCAAUGUUGUUGCCAAUUCAUGGAGGUGCUUACUGUUUCCAUUUGCA